AUGAAGGGAAAGAGUCAAGGUGUUCAGAAGAGUGAAGAGGAGCAGGUAGAAGAAGAAAUGCGAACCAUGUUCCCAUCCUAUGAAGCCGAAUUCUCCCUUGAGGCAUCAGAAGAUGAGAAGACAGACAGAGAUGAAGAGGACUAUGUAGAAGAAGCAUUAUUGUGGAAGCUGCAAGAGGGUGAUCUCUGGGAAAUUUCCCAGCUGCAUAAGUCAUUUGUGCACUCCAUUGAGCCCAUUGCACUCCCUGUGCUCAAAGAUCAUCUCAUUGAGAUCCAUGCUUUGAGGUAUACAGCUGCUCAUGGCCUCUUCCUUCCCUUGGCCAAUUCCAUCCCUGCAUCUCUGGAUUCAAGACUCUGGACUCACCUAAUUGCAUGCCAACAUCUUCAUGCUCAGAUUCAGGGAAAUACUAGUGAAUCAGAGGAUGGCAAGCUGAAUCAAAGCCAAAAAAACAAGCCCUUUGAUCUAUACCACAAUCCAGACACCUGGCGAGCCAGAAAAUGUUUGGAUGUCUUGCGUGGGCUCAGGAAUCGCAUUCAUGAACUACUUGAUGACUGGCCUGACCACCCAACUCUGCAGCAGAUUCUGAUGGUGGUAGAACGUAUCCUGAGCUUCUCAAUUGUGUCACCACUCAUGCGUUUCCUUGUUGGCUUGGAAAUGGUCUUGGGAAAGUGCCAGGAAUGGGAAAUGAAUGCACACCGCAAGGUCUCCUUGUUUUUACACCUUGAGACAAUCACUGCUCUGGUCAUUGAGUGGAGGAAGCUUGAGCUCCAUUCAUGGAGCCGGUUGUUGGACACAGUCACUUUUGAGAUGGAAGAGGAAGCAGGGAAGUGGUGGUUCCAUCUCUAUGGUUCCCUGAAGCAAGAUCACAGUGUAGAGUCUCUUUUUGAGUUGGAUGAGACACUGAGGAAGUUCAUAGAGGACUCUCCCAUCGGGCAGGUGGAAGCAAGACUUGGUUUUCUUCAUGCAUUUGCCACAGAAUUGACCCAGUCAGAUGGUUCAGUGGGGAGGCAUCUAUGGAACCUGUAUGACUUCUAUGCCCAAUUCCUGCCUCUGGUUCGAGAGAAGAUCUUGAUCAUGCGUCGUCCCAUUGAGAAGGAGCUGAAGGACUUUGUCAAGAUUUCCCGCUGGAAUGAUCUCAACUAUUGGGCAGUCAAGGAGGCUGUCGACAAGUCCCAUCGCACCCUCCACAAACACACCAAAGCCUUCAAGGCAGUGUUGAAUAUCCCAAUGAGAGAAGGGGUCCUAAAGGGGAAUGAGAAGCUACAGGAAGACAAACCAGCUCCAUCAGGACUAUGGGACAAGAAGCAAGAACAUCUUGUGUCACCUGAACCAAUCCUUCCUUUAUCAUCUCAUGUGUUAGAGGAGAAAGAUUCCCUGUUAAGGCAUAUCCCAAGGGCAAGAACCUUGAUCAAGGAAAUCCUGGCCAAGCAUUCAAUUGAUCAUGCCCAGGAAAUUGAUGAUUUCACCUCUCAGAAGGGCCUCCUUGGGAGUGUGAAGGCCAAAGCCAAAGCUUGGACAUCUUUACCAGCUCUCAGUGGCACCCUCACACUUUUACCCAAUACGAAACAGGGUCAAUGGCUGGAUGAGAAGUUGAGAGACUGUCAAGGUUAUUACUUCAAGUCCAUAUAUCGCUAUGACAACCUAGAAAUCCUUGCCCUGUCCCCAGCAAAGGAGUUGGGACUCCCAGUUAUCCAUCGAAUCCAAGGCAUCACCCCCCAGUUUUUGGAAAGGAUUCAACAUGAACUGUCCAAAUGCUUGGAAGCUCUUGUGGAAUUCAAUCUUGUCCUGGAGUCCCACCCUGGUGAAGUUGAUGAUGUGUUUGCCAUAUCACCGGCUGUUCCUUUCCGUGAAUCUAUGGUCCCAAGAAAUUUCCCCAUGAAUGUUGAUGUGGUUCAAACCCUGAAGACAAGAUGUGAGAGUGCCAUAGGCAAGUUGAUGGGAAUCCUGCAACAGGAUGCAUCUGAUCAGAAGCUGCAUCUUUCUCAAGAUGACAUCCUGAAGCAGAAGGAGUCACUGAAUGAGGCUGUGAAGGAGAUCUCAGGCUUGAAGGCAGCAUCAGUUGUGCUUUCUGAAGCCUUGGCCUCACCUAUCCAGCAUCUUCAUUCUGCUAUCAGUUGUGUCAAGUGUGAACAUGGUAAUUGGAUAGAUGAUAUAGCUGCUGCUGCCAUAUCCAUUGACAAAGCCAAACUGGAGGCUGACAUUGAAGCCAUAACAGAAUCGAUCCUGUUGGGAAUUCAAGCAAUGUACAAGCAGAUGACUGAGAUUGAAAGCAAGGAAACUGAGGGAUUCAAUCUCCCAGAUGUAAAUGUGCAAGAUGAGAUGUGGCAGCGGCUGCAUGGCAACAACAAACUAGGUGAAUGGUUGCAAGAUCUUCAUUCACAUGAUCAUCUGAUUCAUCUUCCAUCCUCCCUCCAAGGGAAAUUAAAGGAGAUGGAGACAUUAGUCAGCCUUUAUGAAGCACUGGAGCUGUCUGUGCUAUGCACAGAAAUUGCAGGACUUCGAUCUUCAACUAAACUCCUGUCUGUCAUCCUUGGCAUUUUUUGUCAACUUCUUUCUAAGGGAUUCUGUCUACCUUCUGAAUCUAUGGAAGAAGGCGGAGCAUCAGAUGAGCUCCCAACCAAGUUUGAGGACAUCCGGGAUGGGGGUCUUGGUGAGGGUGAGGGCAUUGAAGACAUCUCAGAGCGUAUUGAAUCUGAGGACCAACUUGAGGGUGCUCAGCGGCCUGGGGAUAAGGAACCUCAGGCUGACAAGGACUUGAAGGAAGAGGAGAAGGGAGUAGAAAUGUCAGGAGACUUUGAAGGGAAGCUGCAAGAUGUGAGUGAGAAGGAAGACAACCAGGAGGGAGAUGAUGAGGAGGACAAUGAUCAAGAGGAACAAGAACUAGACAAGCAAAUGGGGGAAACUGACAACGGAGCUGACACUCUUGAUGAAAAGAUAUGGGGGGACAAGGAAGAAGAGAAGGAUGAGAGAGAGGGAGAGCUGAAGGAGGAUGGUGGAAAGGGUGGAGAGGAGGAAGGGGAGGAGGAACUGGCUCCAAAGGGAGAAGACAAAGAGAAGUUGGAAGAUUUAGAGAAAGAAGAGAAGGAAAGGAAAGGAGAAGGAAAGAAACCUGAUAAAGAUGGAGAUGUGGAUGAUGACCAGAUGAACCCCCUUCAUGUUAUCUCCGAGUCACGUCAGGGCUGA